GAAAUGAAAAACUUCACUGGCUCCUAACCGCUAUCACUAUCAACCAUCAGCAUUCAGCCACGCCGUUAGGUCAGCACUUAUUGGAUGACGAUGCUGUGUCUGGGAGCCGCUCGCUCGCUCUUUUCUUCCCCAUUUUCCCUAAGUUUCUCAUCUCCCAAACGCCACCUCAAGGUACCUUCUUUUUCCUCCUUUAAGCCUUAUACUCACUCUUCACCAUUCAAAUCUCAAAUCAAGAUGUCAACUACUGCCACCGAAACCAUCGAACACAUCGUCCUCUUCAAAGUCAAAGACAACACUGACCCUACCAAAAUCAACUCACUGGUCACUUCUCUCGGCGGCUUGGUCUCUCUCGAUCCUGUGCUCCACCUCACCGCCGGUGCGCUCUACCGUACCAAGUCCUCUCCCAUUCCCUUUACUCACAUGCUGCAUAGCCGUUACUCUUCUAAAGAAAACCUCAACGCAUACUCCGCCCACCCUAGCCACGUCUCCGCCGUUAAAGAGUCGGUUCUUCCGAUAUGCGAUGAUAUCAUGGCCGUCGAUUGGGUCGCCGAUGAUCUCCAUGGGCCAGUGAUCCCACCUCCGGGUUCUGCAAUAAGAGUGACGUUUUUGAAAUUGAAGGAGAAUUUAAGGGAGGAAGUGAAAGGUGAGAUUUUGGCUGUAAUCAAAGGGAUCAAAGGUAGUUUUGAAGGGAUUAAUCAGAUUACUUGUGGAGAGAAUUUCUCUCCGGCGAGAGCGAAAGGUUACUCAAUCGCGUCGCUUGCGGUUUUUCCAGGAGUGAGUGAAAUGGAGGCGUUGGAUUCGAAGGAAGAGCUUGUGAAUUUGCAGAAAGAGAAGGUCAGGGAUUAUUUAGAGAGCGUUAUUGUUGUUGAUUAUGUUGUGUCAUCUCAACAGUCUGCAAGUCUUUAAUCUUUUGACUUUUAAAGAUUACUUUUUCAUGUAUUUUUACUCUUCUUCUUUCUUUUUUUUUAUUUGCUAGAACUUGAUUGAGAUAUACUCUAUCAUUGAUUUUGCAGAAUAAAUUUGAGAUGUCAUGAAUUUUGAUAGUUCAUUUUUUUUUCC